AUGUCUAGUCGCGAUCAUUCUCAUCGUUCGAUCGCGUACCGGCCCGCGCCUCGUCUUCCAUUACCCCCGAACCCACUUAGCGAGAAUCGCCUAAAGACCACGACCAAGGGCGGCCGGCGCAUCUCCCGCACACGCAGCCGACAAGGCUCUAAGAACACCGACUCGAGCUCGAGUGAUGAGAGUGGGCUUAGCUCUGAUGAGGACGAGGAUGAUCGAGAACCUCAUGCGGGUGGGAACGUGAAUGCAAACGCCAGCGCGAAUCUUAAUGUCAACGUGAACGCUGGGCUCGGUCGACGGGCGAGCAACUUUGGCAUCGACUCGCUUACACUUACGCCAGAUGCUGCGUCGCCCGGGGGUACGGACACGCAACGACCUGGAUCUUUGGGGUCGGGCAGAGCCUCGUCGUUGAGGAAAAGGGGCGGCGCAUGCUCAGAUCCCGAGGAGGAUGCUGGGUCGGAUCGCCCUGAAGAUGGGGCUACGGGAGGUUCCUCGCGGCCGCCUUGGGAGUCGCUUCUUGGCUUACCCGGCAGCGUAUGGGAGAAGCUACUAAGUCCAUCUCGCUCUUGGCAUAAAAGACGCUUCGAAGUCGGGAUUAAUGAUCUUGCACUGAUCGGAUGGCCAGUCUUUGUGCGCGAGGAUGGGACAUGGCGUAAGCAGCGCCGAAAGAAGAAAAAGAAGCCCCGUGCAGAAUGGGAUGGCGGGGAACUGGGCCAUAAUGAGAAUGCUGAAGAUGGUCAGGGUGAAGAGGAUCCUGCAACUUCGCCUGAUUUGGGUGGGAGUGUAGCUACGAUUACCGAGUUGACCCUGACAGCUUCACCUACUGAAGUCAAACGGGCUUCGGCGGCAAGUGGGAAGCUUGGCAAGCAGCCGGAAGAUAGUCUUGAUCCCGAGGAUAAGGACCAGAUGACUAUGUUUAAUGUGGUGUUUGUUAUGGAUCCUCCGUUGCUGGAGUACUCGAUGCGAGUCAAGGAGAUCUAUGAGAACAUCAUUAAGAAGUUUGCCAAGGCGCUGAAGUGGGAACAAGCUCGAACGGAUUAUGUGUGGAGGGAGUCGCAGCACAUCUUGCAGGUUAGGAGGAAAGCAAGAGAAACGAAACUGAUCAACCAAUCGUCUUUGGCAAGGGCGAUGUACACGGUCUACACCAGUAUCUCAGCGUCAAAGAUUGCAUCAGUCUCACUCAGUCAUGAUGUCUCCAUCUCGCUUCAGAUUCCUCCAUUGACCUCUACACCAUACUUGGCCGGCCCAACCGACAAAGCUUAUCCCGGUCUUUGGUUAACAACGGCAGAUAGUGCCACUCCAGUCGAUGAUCCCGGAACUGACGAAAACAAUGCUCCUCACCAAGUACUUGCGAAACACUUUGCCCUGCUCCUCCUAGAUAGCGAAGCAGCGAUUAUCAAGGAUGUCGAGGCCUCCGGCGGCACUCUAGCACCCGCUCUAGCCCAUUACAUCCGCUGCUCCAAACCUACAAAAUCAUUUGCACAAAUAUCAGCCGCCUCGGGAAUUCCACUUUCAACGAUCCAGAUGUUGGCGAGCCACCUGGUGUAUUGGCGUCGCGCCCGUGCCAUCCCUCCCAUCCACCAACGAGAUACCUACAUCGUGUCUCCUAAUUGCGAUCUAAGCAAGCUCGAAAUUGCCACAAUCGCCUACCAAACAACGUUUCCCACAAUGCCCAGUCUCCCGAAGAUGCUUUCUGCUCUCAGCGGCACGCCUCGAGCCUAUGGGAGCUUCAUUCCCAGCAAGGACCACAAGGAGACCUACUUCUCCAUCCUGGCAUGGCUUCUUCGCGGUGGCUGGGUAACGCAAUUGCGAACAUUCGCCCGUAUCAAAGUCACCCCCGAAAUCAAAUUGGCCGUGGAAAUGGCCCUUCGGAAAGAAGAAGUAGACCGAUACCUCGCCAAGGGCAACGUCAGCGACGGAGUCGACAAUGAAGACUCUUCAUCCUCAGACGACGACGCAAACUCUUCCUCUUCCUCUUCUCUAGCAAGCCACGGCAGCGGCGACGAAACACCCAUGCCAGGCACGCGUCUCGACCCGCGCGCCCGGCUACGCAUCUCCCACAAACUCCUCGACCGAUCUACCGCCCUCCGCCUAUCAUCUCUCAUCCUCUCCCCGCACCGCGCAUCGCCGCUCGAAUCACGCUGGCUCGAUGAGAUCGUCGCCCGCUUCCCGGAUCGGCCGGGAACUAUUCAAGGACUGGAAGGUGCCAGCCCGGAUAUCGCGCCGAACGAGCUGCAGGAUGUGCUGAAGAGGUACUGGCCCGUGUUCUUGAAAUACUUUAAUGGCUUUGAUGCGCUGGAGAAGAUUCCUGUGCGUGAGAGCUUGAAGCGUAAGCUCGUGUGGCAGGUUCUCAUGCGUAUGGGGUUCGUGACUGGGCCGGGGAACUCGAUUGAGCCGGACCCGCGCGAGCAGGUGCUUAUCGGUGUGCGACACUGGUAG